UGGGAGUACGAUGCCCCCAGGGUUGAUGUCCAAAGCAACCAGCAGCCAAUGUGAGUUCUCAAUGACAUAUAUAUGCACAUGGCUCCAAGCUUCCAGGGGCAGGGGUGAAGGCAGAGCACUGAGAGCUAGAACAGACUAUCAAUCGGGUUCUGACAGGGUCUGGGAUAGGACCAUAAAUUCUUGAUGAUUUAGGAGGAAUUAGGAGCCAGGAAGUCUGAACUCCCCCUUAUCUUGAGAUUACACAUUUAUAAUUUAUAACUUUAGAGUAACUAGCUCUGAGUUAUAUCAGUCUUAAUGAACUGGAGGGGGGUUUUGCAACUAAAGGGAGUGAGACAGAAGAAUUUAGGGAAAUUGAGUCAGGACAAUAAAAGGGAACUGUGGCACAACAUUAUGAGACACAGGAGCCCUUGCAGCACAGGGUGAGUCCAUGUUUUCACAAUGUCUAUGCCAGACCAUGUUGAAUGCUUUGCUGCUGAGUUGGGCUGUGCUGCUGCAGGGAUUUCCCAUCACCCUGGGUGCCCAGAGCUCUCGGCAAUACCCAGAUGCCAUCGGCUCCAGACUGAGUAGGUCAAGUCAAGCUCUGUACCCUGGACUCCUGCACUCAGCUCCUGAUACCUCUCUGGGACUCUCAGGCCCUGGGAUACAACCAGAACUGAAGCAGAUGGCAUCAGAGCUGGCAGAAGAAUCCCUCCUGCAAGACACUGAGGCUCUGGCACCUGGGAUGCCCGGCCCCAUGAGCCGCGAAGAUCGCUCGCCCCGCCGCUGUGUCCGCCUUCUCGAGUCCUGCCUGGGCCACCAAGUCCCCUGCUGCGACCCGUGCGCCACCUGUUACUGCCGCUUCUUUAACUCCUUCUGCUACUGCCGCAAGCUCAGCACCAACUACCCUUGCAGCCGCAAUUAGCUGGGCUAGGCUGAGGGCAGCGGGAAGCCCGACGUGUAUGAGCGCCAAUAAAGGCUCCCGAGAGCAAAGCAGGAAA